AUUUUUCCGGUACAAAUAAAAAACGAACACUUGACCAGCGGCAACGAUACUCAGAGAUUCGAUCAAUCUAUGACUAUGUAAACUGGAACACAAGUGCAGAACAAACAAAUCCACAACUAUGUUUCCAAUUCCAAACCAAAAUCCCCAACACAGAUAGCACCAUAACCAUAACACAUUCUAACAAAUACAUUAACAUUCAUCAUCGUUCAAAACAAAACCCUUUCUCGUUCCAAUGUUCCAAUCCAUUUCGCAAUGUCUCAAUUCAUCAACCUCCACUCUAUUCCAUGCUCGACAAGCUCACGCACUUUUCCUCAAAUUCGAUUUCUUUUCCAACACCCAACUCACCACAAGUCUCCUCACUCUCUAUUCUCAUUACCUUCCCUUCCCACAACUCAGCAUUAUCCUCUCUUCUCUCCCUCAACCCACAAUCUUCUCUUUCUCAUCCAUUGUUCAUGCUUUUGCUAGGUCACAUCACUUCCAUCAUGUUCUUGGUGCGUUUUCUCAUAUGGGUUCUCGUGGUCUUGUUCCCGAUAGUUAUCUUCUUCCUAGUGCUAUCAAGGCUUGUGCUAUAUUGAAAGCAUUGAAACCUGGUAGACAGGUUCAUGGAUUUGCUGCUGUUUCUGGGUUUGGUUCUGAUUCUAUCUUGGUGUCUUCUUUGGUUCAUAUGUAUUUGAAAUGUAAUCGAAUUGAAGAUGCACGGAAACUGUUUGAUAGUAUGUCUGAAAGAGAUGUGAUUGGUUGGAGUGCUAUGAUUGCGGGUUACUCGCGACUAGGGCUUGUUGAUAAGGCGAAAGAGCUUUUUUCUGAGAUGAGAAAUGAGGGUGUGGAGCCGAAUUUGGUUUCGUGGAAUGGUAUGAUUGCUGGGUUUGGAAAUGCAGGGUCUUAUAUUGAGGCGGUGAUGUUGUUUCGUGAGAUGAUAUCGGAAGGGUUUUUGCCUGAUGGGUCAACUGUUUCGUGUGUUCUGCCUGGUAUUGGGAACUUGGAGGAUGUUUUGUUGGGUGAACAGGUUCAUGGAUAUGCAAUCAAGCAGGGUUUGGAAUUGGACAAUUUUGUGCUGAGUGCGCUUCUUGACAUGUAUGGAAGAUGUGGAUGCGCAUCUGAGAUGUCUCGGGUGUUUAAUGGAAUUGAUCAAACUGAAAUAGGUUCUUUGAAUGCUUUUCUUACUGGGUUGUCGCGCAAUGGUUUGGUUGAUACUGCAUUGGAGGUGUUUAAGAAGUUUAAAGCUCGGGAAAUGGAAUUGAAUGUUGUGACAUGGACAUCGAUAAUCGCUAGCUGCUCCCAGAAUGGAAAAGACAUGGAAGCUUUGGAGCUUUUUAGAGAUAUGCAGGCUGAUGGUGUGGAGCCUAAUGCUGUCACUAUCCCAAGUUUGAUCCCUGCUUGUGGAAAUAUUUCAGCGUUAAUGCAUGGAAAGGAAAUCCAUUGUUUUUCUCUCAGGAAGGGAAUUUUCGAUGAUGUAUAUGUAGGUAGUGCAUUGAUCGAUAUGUAUUCCAAUUGCGGAAGAAUCCAGUUAGCGCGACGUUGUUUUGAUCUAAUGCCAUCUCGGAAUUUGGUUUCUUGGAAUGCAGUUAUGAGUGGUUAUGCUAUGCAUGGAAAAGCUAAGGAAACAUUUGAAAUGUUUCAUAUGAUGUUGCAAACCGAUCAUAAGCCCGACUCAAUUACCUUCACAAGUGUGUUAUCUGCGUGCUCCCAAAACGGCUUAACCGAAGAGGGAUGGAAUUACUUUAAUAGCAUGUCGAAAGAAUACGAUGUUAAACCUCAGAUGGAACAUUAUGCUUGCAUAGUGACGCUUCUCAGUCGUGUAGGAAAACUAGAAGAAGCUUAUUCUGUCGUCAAGGAAAUGCCAUUUGAACCAGAUGCUUGUGUAUGGGGAGCCUUGUUAAGUUCUUGUAGAGUUCACCAUAAUUUGAGUUUAGCUGAGAUUGCGGCGGAGAAGCUUUUUGUGUUAGAACCCGACAAUCCUGGGAACUACGUUCUUCUUUCCAAUAUUUAUGCUUCAAAGGGUAUGUGGGAUGAAGAGAAUAGAAUACGCGAUAUGAUGAAGAAUAAGGGUUUGAGGAAAAAUCCUGGCUGUAGUUGGAUUGAAAUCGGACGGAGGGUACACACACUUCUUUCUGGCGACAAAUCACAUCCACAGAUGAAAGAGAUUUUGGAGAAGUCUGAUAAAUUGAGUAUUGAGAUUAAGAAGUCCGGUUACCUCCCGAUGACUAAAUCUGUGCUGCAAGAUGUGGAGGAACAAGACAAGGAGCAGAUAUUGUGUGGUCACAGUGAGAAAUUGGCAGUAGUAUUAGGACUAAUCAACACGAAUCCCGGACAACCUCUUCAGGUGAUCAAGAACCUGAGAAUUUGUGAUGACUGUCAUGCUGUUAUCAAAGUUAUAAGCAGAAUAGAAGACAGAGAAAUUUUUGUAAGAGACACAAAUCGUUUUCACCAUUUCAAAGACGGUGUUUGCUCUUGUGGAGAUUUCUGGUAAAAUUGCUCAUGACUCCUACCAGGGGAUCAUCCGAAAACUGACUGAUUAAUCAAUGUUUGUGUUAAUAAUGCUUUCAUUAAUGCUUUGAGUUAAUCACCUUGAGAACAAAGAUACGUGUUCUCAUUCUUUUUCAUGACUGGCAGCGAAGUAGUCUUGGGUCUCUCGGGCCACGCUUCAGAUGUUCAGUUUCAAAGUGACAAGGAGAGUGUGUUCAGAGUCUCACAAUAUGUGUUUUUAAGCCGAUUUUACAGGGUUGAGCAAUGCCUAAUUCAAAUUUUUAGAACUAGAAUCAAAGACUUCAAUUUGAGAUGCAUCUCAUAAUCUGAUUCCUCACAGCCUCAAAACUUUCCAGUAUUUUUUCUCUGGAGAAGAUUAUGUAUUUUUUUCUGUUGGAAUUGUUUUUUGUCAAAUGACAAUAAAAAUUUUACAGCUUGAAAUAUUUACUUCUUUAACUGUAACAUUCUAUGUGGAAAUGAAAGCAUUGUUUAGAGAU